GCAUCGCCGCGGUCGUCGCCACCACGGCCGACAAGCUGCAGGCCCUUCAGAAUCAUUGGUUACUUAUCUUCGCGAGCAAGCACGUCCACCAGCAGGAGAUGGAGGGAUGCAUGGACCAGCACGUCCCGCCCAACAUCACGCCGCGGGGCAUCUCGAUUCAGACCGCUCACGCACUUCGCCAGGCCGCCCUCCGCGCGCGAGCAUCAGCGCCGGGGCCUGACUCGCCGCCCUGCACGGCGCGGGCGGCCACCCCCGGGGCCAUCGAG